AUGUCUUUUCUGCGGGGUUCCCUGAAUUAUGUUUGGUGUACAACAAGUGUGUUGGGUAAGGGUGCUACGGGUUCGGUAUUUCAGGGUGUCAACAAAAUCACCGGAGAAUCUGUUGCCGUCAAGACAUUCAAUCCCUAUAGUCAUAUGCGUCCACCAGAUGUCCAAAUGCGUGAAUUUGAGGCCUUGAAAAAAGUCAAUCAUGAAAAUAUUGUCAAAUUGCUGGCCAUCGAAGAGGAUCAAGAGGGCAGGGGUAAAGUUAUUGUUAUGGAACUAUGUACGGGUGGUAGUUUAUUCAAUAUACUCGAUGACCCGGAGAAUUCUUAUGGUCUAUCGGAAAAAGAAUUCCUAUUGGUAUUGGAACAUUUGUGUGCUGGCAUGAAACAUUUGCGGGACAACAAAUUGGUACAUCGUGAUUUGAAACCGGGGAAUAUUAUGAAAUUCAUUUCGGAAGAUGGUCAAACCAUUUACAAAUUAACGGAUUUCGGAGCGGCCCGUGAACUGGAAGAUAAUCAACCAUUUGCAUCGUUGUAUGGCACUGAGGAAUAUCUACAUCCGGAUCUAUAUGAACGAGCUGUUCUGCGUAAAUCCAUUAAUCGUUCCUUCACCGCCAAUGUGGAUCUGUGGUCGAUUGGUGUAACCUUAUAUCAUGUGGCAACAGGGAAUUUACCCUUCCGGCCCUUUGGAGGACGUAAAAAUCGCGAGACAAUGCAUCAAAUAACAACACAAAAAGCUUCAGGUGUAAUCUCGGGCACACAAUUAUCCGAAAAUGGACCCAUUGAAUGGUCUACCACGUUGCCCCAACACUGCCACUUAUCCGAGGGAUUAAAGUCAUUGGUUACACCACUGCUGGCCGGGUUAUUGGAAGAAAAUCGUGAAAAGACUUGGUCAUUUGAUCGUUUCUUUCAGGAGGUUACUGUCAUAUUGCGUAAACGUGUUGUUCACGUCUUCUUUACAAAUCGUACCUCGUCCAUUGAGGUAUUCCUUGAGCCCGAGGAACAGAUUGAACAUUUCCGUGAGAGGAUAUUAAUGCAAACAAAAGUUCCAAUUGAAAAACAAAUUCUGUUAUUUAAUAAUGAACACUUGGAGAAACGCAUUACAAUGCAUACAACGGCAAGUGGUUUUCCCGAAACCUCCAGUGAAUCACCAAUAUUCUUAUACAGCAAUGAUGAUAAUAAUGUUCAAUUGCCACAACAAUUGGAAUUGCCCAAAUUUCCGGUAUUUCCCAGUAAUGUAUCGGUGGAAAAUGAUGCUAGCUUGGCAAAGGCUGCCUGCAGUGUGGGCCAUGAGUGCAAGCGGCGUGUGGACACCUUUACCUCAAUUGAUAUAUUAAUUAAAAAAGCCGUUGAACAAUUCAUUGAAACAUUGACCACCACCAUUACCCUGCUAGUAAAGAAAACCAAAAAUUUCCAUGAGCUGUUAAGAACUGUCAUGGACUAUGCUGAUUCGGUGCAGAGCAUUGCAAAGAUGACAAAUCGUGAUCAAGAAUGCAAGACAAUUUUAACGAAUUUGGAAAAUCUUAAAUCCGAUUUUGAUGGUGCCGCUGAUGUUAUAAUGCAAUUAUAUUCGAAUUUUGUUAUUGAAGAUCAAUUGAAUGAACAAUGGACAUCCUCAAUGCAUGGUAAAAAAUGUCCCUGUCGUACAAGAGCCAGUCCUCGGGCUAAAUAUUUAGUUGAACGUUUACGUGACUCCUGGCAACAUUUGCUAAGGGAUAGAGCAACCCGCACAUUGACCUAUAAUGAUGAACAGUUUCAUGCAUUGGAAAAAAUUAAGGUGGAUCGCAAUGGAAAAAGUAUCAAAUCUUUGCUCUUAGAUGAUACUAAACCGGCUGUCGCACAAAUGGCUGAGUGCCUUGCCGAUUGGUAUAAAUUGGCCCAAACGGUUUAUUUGAAAAGUGAAAUUCUGGAAAAAGAUGUACGAGAAUGUGAACGUAAUUUACAUCGAAUACGUGAUGAUUUAUAUCGACUCAAGAAUGAUUUUCAAAAAGAUAUGGAUGCUAAGAUGGUCAACAAUAAUAAUCAGUUGUCGAAAAUGGAGCAGAAGAAUCGUUUAAAAGAAAUAAUAUCCAUAAUGGAACAGAACAGUCAAUUGAUUCUAAUGCUUCAGGAGUUGGGUAUUGGCAUUAUACCAAAUCAAAAACAAAGUAUUAUACCCUAG